UACCGACCUUUGGCGUAAUGGACCUGUCUGGUCUCGACCAUGAGACCUUGCGUCUCAUGGUGCAGAUGCAACUCGACGACCUUCAUGCUCUUGGAGAAACGGCCCGCCAAAAAGGCAAGGGCCACGCGGGAGAAAAACCCGACUUCGCCCUCGCCAUCGAAGGAUACCGCGAUGAAUUACUGCGCACUUCCCAGCUCCUAGCCGACGAAGCCAUAAGCAAGAGCAUUACGCAAGCAGUGAGACAAGACGCCGCUGUGAUCCGAGCUCUGGAAGCAGAAGAGCAGCGAGCCGCCAGUGACAGGGAGAUGGCAUUUCAGUUGUCUGGAACGAAAAAUCCGUACAGCAGCACAAUUCCACGGCCAGCAACGCCUGCCCUCGACGGCGAAACGCUUGAAAGGCUGGAACAGCUUUGGAUCUCUCCGGAUCGUGCUGGCACGAGUGGACAUGCGGAAUCAUCUGCCUGGGCUUCGAGCAGAAAACAGGAAGUGUCAGGAGAGAACAACAAGAAGAAGGAAUGUGUUGCGUGCAAUAACGCCUUCUUCUCCUUCGACAUGGUCAACAGCAACGGGUGCGGGCACGAUUACUGCCGCGGUUGUAUAAAGACCCUAUUUCAGUCUUCAAUUUUGGACGAGUCGCUUUUUCCGCCUCGCUGCUGCGGAAAUCAACUCCUUCUGGACGGCUGCCGACACCUCCUCCCGUCAGCGCUAGUUGGACAGUUUCGGGCCAAGAAGAUUGAGCUCGAGACGCCAAACCGAACUUACUGUCACCUACCAACCUGCUCAACCUUUGUCCCACCGCAGGCUAUCAAGGGAAACAUUGCAACAUGCCCACGGUGCAGCGCCAGAACCUGUGACGUGUGCAAGAAGGCGGCUCAUGCAAACAGUGAUUGCCCAGAGGACCCUGCCACGCAAGAGCUCAUCCGUCUCGCGGCGGCUGAGGGAUGGCAGAAAUGUCGGUCUUGCUUGAGAUUUGUCGAGCUCGGUCACGGAUGUUACCACAUUACUUGCCGCUGCGGUGCGGAGUUUUGCUACGUUUGCGGAGAGCCCUGGAAAAACUGCAGUUGUCCUCAGUGGGAGGAAAACCGCCUCCUUGAUCGGGCAAACGUUAUUGUGGGUCGCAACGCCGGAGCCGCCCAGCUUCCAGACUGGCAGCGAGCCAACCUAGUCGAGCAAGAGAGGCAGAACCAGAUUAUCAACCACGAGUGUCGACACGAGAGAUGGAAGUCACGUCGAGGCCCUCAGGAGUGCGACGAGUGCCACAAUGAGCUUCCGAUUUUCAUCUAUGAGUGUCGGCAGUGCAGGAUCAUGGCUUGCCGACGAUGCCGGUUCAAUCGUUUGUGAGAGGUCAAGGCUAGAGUCUAGACUUUGCUGUAGGGUCGGAUGGGCAAGUAGAACCAAUGUGCAGGCCCUUGUCGAGUUCAUGAAGCAUCCUUCCAACACCAUUUCACAAAGGCCACCUGAAUCAAGACCUUUAAUCUCGAUUCUACUGUGUGAGCACAGUGUUCAACAGUCGUACAGGUGAUUAUUGUGGGAGGCCAAGAUUGACGGGCCCAUCAAAAUUCUUGCUGG